CUCGGUGCGCAUAGUAUCUCGCGGACGCGCCGGACGUGGAUUUAUGCCGACGAGCGGUCGAAGACGAUAACUUUUUCGACAGUGUACACUGUAUAUGCCCACAGUACUUUGACUAUACCAAACGUCGCCGUUUCCGUCGAGUUCAUAAGUUUUUUGGCAUUUUUUUUAUUUUUAUUUUUUAUUUUCGGUGUGCUAUAAGCGUCGAAGUCGUUUUAUUUUCGCGAUAAUAUAUUUUUAUAUCUGUUCACUGUUCAUUAUAAUAAUAUUAUUCAAGUGCGGUGGUGUAGUGCGACGUAUGCAUACGAGUGUGUCUUAACCCAGCAGUGCGACCGUCUUCGGCAGACUUGUAUAUUCGGCGAAUAUAUUAUAUAUAUACCUACCUACCGCAAUUGUUUACGAAAAGCCUGCGCGAUUACUUUUGAUUGCUGUAACAGUAAGCUCGAUUAUUUUAGACAUAAAACAUACAUACGCUGUAGUUUCAUAAAAUACAUAGUGUUCCAAACGUCUGCCAGCUUAUAAAAAAGCACAACUUUUACCUCCGAACCAUUCCUACUCGAUAAUGAUUUGUAUUUUUCUUUGUUUGGAAUUUCCAGCUCCAGAAGUUUGGAACACGUUGUAUGUUUAUUUUUAAUUAGCAAAAUGUCCCUCGGGAAUUAUCACUUUCCCGUAUGCUUUCAACUUCCUUGCGAUAGUUCCCUUUUCGUAUCCUUAAUUUAUGGUCAAUUCACAUGUAGGUUCCACGAAAAAUCCGAGGCCGAUUUUUUCUGUCUUUACAGGUGAACAAAUUCGAACAUUUAUUUUUUUUAAAUCAUGAUCUGUAAACAAAUAUGACCUUGUGAAAAAUAGCUAUUGUUUUUAUAAUUUUUCUCGGGGUGAAUGACCGUCGACGAGGACUCGCCCUUUAAUGAUCAACAGGACAAAAAUCGACUUCUGUCACAAUUUCUGUCGAUCUGCCGCAUCAGUGGACCAACAGCAUCAGCGCCAAGUACGGUGCAAUAUUAGAGACAACUACACAUUACGUCGUCGACGACUAAAACUGCCAUAGCCGAUACCCAACAGCCGUGGUAUUAUGCGAUUUUCGUGCGCGUCGGUGUUUCAUCGGUCGAGAUGAAAUCGUCCGACGACGACAAGCACUGCGUCGGUCCUCGCAAACCACAAAUUCCAACUGAUUCUUGGAAGAGCGCUGGAUGAUAGUACCUGUCGGGGCGGCGAAUCUAUAGAACCACCCCAACUGGAUCCCGAGUGGCUGAGGGCGGAGACCAGCGGCGACCCCGUUAUGCGGCUAUCCAACGGCAGCGAAGCGACCACGGACUCCAUGGUUGAAAUGUUGCAGUUCAACGAGCACUUCCUCGACGAGGACGGCACCAAAUUCAUGUUGAAUCCCGCCGAGCUAGAAGACCUGCUGGGACGCGAUCAGUACGCCGCCGACGGUUCACCGAUCGCCGUGUCAGUGCAACAACAACAGCAGCAGCAACCACACCUCCACGGCGGUCACCACCACCACGGCCAUCACCACCAACAGCCGAACGGCGUCGAUCAACCCAACACCAAGCCCACCGCGAAUUUCGCCGACCUCAAACCGCUGAUGCCGUUCCACACGAUCACGGAGCGCGUCAACAUCAACGGCAUACCCGGCCACCACUACCAGUCGAUCGCGUCCAACAACCGGGUGGCCGAGAACAACAACAACACGGCCACGGCCAACAACAACAUGUACUACCAAAACGAAUACCUGGUAACGUCGUCCACGAACGCGGGACUGACCAAGUUCAAGGAGGAAGACACGUUUGUCGACAAUCAGUUCGACGAGUUCGAGAUGCUGAUGGGCAGCCCGUCGUUCGGGCCGGACACUACGGUGACGGCCAGCGGCGACCACCCGGCCGUGGACGGUCCCGACGAGUGGCUGAGCGUGGGCGACGACUGGACGUCGUACGAACACCCGAACGGUUCGCCGCAGGACAACAAGGCCGGCAUACUGUCCGACGUCACCAUACACGACCUGGUGGCCAGUUCCCAGUUCCCUGGCAUGACGAACGGAGGUGCCGGCGGAGGCGGCGGCGCGGGAGGUUAUCACCAGCAGCCGCCGUCGUCCAUGCAGAAACCGCUGUACCAGCAACAGCAGCAGCAACAGCAACAGCAGCAGCAGCAACAGCAACAGCAGCAGCCCCGCGAGCUGGUCACGUCCAACGUGCCGCCGCCCGCGCCCCGCCCGGCCGCCGCGGCGUUCAUGCCGCUGCUCCAGAGCCGACUGCAGAACGGGCCGGCCAACAAAGCGCCGCUCCAAGACGCCGGCAGCUAUCACAUGGACUGCGCGUCGUCGCCGUCGUCGUCCACCCCGUCGUACCUGGCGCACAGCCCGACCAGUCACGUGGUCAGCACCACGGACCUGGGCGGUUACAUGCCGUCGGCCGCGGCCGCCGCCGCAGCCGCUGCAGCCGCCGCCGCCGCCGCGUCCGUCCACAGUUCGCGGCCGUCGCCCGAAUUCGCGCACACCACCACGCCCGGCCAGGGAUCGCACAUGACCGCGAAAAAGUCGCGGAACAGGAGCGGCAAGGCAAAGGGUAGCGGAGGUGGCGGAGGGGGCGGUGGGGGCGGCGGAGUCGCCGCCCGGAGCACAGUGGUCUACUGUUCGGACGGCAACGUGGCCAGGGAACGGACCGUGCACAACUGUCACAUAUGCAACCGCGGGUUCCUGAACAAGAGCAAUAUCAAGGUUCACCUGCGCACGCACACGGGCGAAAAACCGUUCCGGUGCGAGGUGUGCCAGAAAGCGUUCCGGCAGAAGGCCCAUCUCAUCAAGCACGCGCAGAUCCACAAACGCAGCGGCCGGGACUGAGUCCGGCCGUCGUACGUCGGCGGCGACCACCACCCCGCGGGACGUCGGGCCGCAGCAGGUACCGCACAUUGACUAUAAUAUCGUAUGUUACGAUAACGCGAUUAUUUCUAUAAUAUAAAUACGAUAAUAAUAAUGAUAAUAACGUGCCCGUAUCACAUUACUUUACUGUACUUACUCUUAACUAAUUGUCGCUUACGACCUUUUGCCCGUUCGGCAGCCGCGCGCGAUCGUCCCACGCCCACCACAUACGUAGUAACGUUUAAUAAAUGCAUUUUGACCAAAGACUCUAAACAAUAAUUCGAUGAUUAUUAUUUUAUUUCGGAUUUUUUUUUUAUAUUAUUAUUAUUAUUAUUAUUAUUAUUAUUGUUAUUAUUAUAAUCGUGUCCUCGGCAGCGUACGUCGAUCCGUUGGCUUUUUAACAACAGCGUAUGCAAAGUCGUUCUAUUUAUCGUACCUAUAUAAAUAUAUAUAUGUAUAUAUUUAUAUUGUGAAAUGUGUACGCUUAGGGUUGAAUCUCAACGGUGAUAUUGAGAUGGGUGUAAACCUACUUAGACCUGAUAAUAAUAUUAUGAUUGUGUAUAUGACGAAGAACGCGGGCAACGAUUUAAAAAAAAGUACAAAAUGUAAUUGAUCGUGAAUUAUUGUAUAUUAAUUCGUCUUUAUUAUUAUUUUUAUUCGUAUCAUCAUUAUUAUUAUUACGUCUUGUAUUUGAUAUUAUUAUUAUUAUUAUUAUUAUUAUUAUUAAUAUGAAUUAUGAUUAUUAUUAAUAUUUUUAUUGUUAUAACUUGUAAGUAUUUUUCGAGCGUGUAUCGCGUCAUUGCACGUACGUUCACGCGAUUAAUUUAUAUAUUAUAUAUUAUUAUUGUUUUGUUUGUUUGUUAUUUAUUCGGUGUUCUCCUGCGCUAUCGCAAAACACUAUAAUCGUUUUGGAAAAACUUUAUAUUAACCUCAAACAUGGUUUUUUCGUUCUCUUUACUAAUUUAUUUAUCGUGUCGAUCGCAGAGAACACCUAUAUAUAUUAUAUAUAUUAUGUAAUGUAGUGUAGGUAUAUUGAUGUUAAUUUUAGUUUUGAGUAGUCUCUUAUAUAUAUUCACUUGCAAUUUGUUGUUUUACGAAUCACUUUACUACUUGUGCUAUUGUACAUAAUACAUAUGUAAGUUAUUAUAUAAUUAUUAAUUAUUAUUUAUCAUUGGGCGUAGUUAUAAAUCGAAAUUGGAAUCGUACGAAAUUAUUACAAUUUCCGUGUAUGUAUUUUACAUGUGAACUAUAUACAUACGUUCCGAAUUUUAAACGGCCUGUUUUGUUUUGUACUUAUUUAUUUGUGUUUAAUUUAUUUAGUUUAUUUUUGUAUUCGUCAAAUUUUUUUUAUAACACCCGUAUACCUAUAUAUUUAUAAUAUCUCAAUAGUCGUUAAUUAAUAAUUACUGUAAUGGUUUUAAGGUUAAAAUUGCAUAUUUAUCGUUUUAUCUUUCUGUUGUUGGACCUACCGGUAUACAUGAUUUGUUUUUAUACAAUAAAUAAACAAUAAGGAUUAAUAAUUGUCAACAGUAUAUAUUAUAAUAUAAUAACGCGAUAUUAUUGUUCUCAAUAAUUGAUCAUUUUUUUGGAAAGGUGUACCAGUCUUCCGAUUCUUAUAGCUAUGUUUGUGUGUGUUAUUAAAAAAUACAGAAAUCCGUUGUAAUAUAUAAAAUAUAUAUAUUUA